UUCAUUGAGUACGGAUGUGCAAAAGCGCUGUCUAUAAAUCGCUUAGCAUAAUGGCAACAAAUAUAUUGAAAUGCAAUAAUUGUAAUAUUGUAAUUAGUGAACUAUUAUCUUUUGUCCAAAAUAAAUGUGAUGUUAUGGACGAGGAAAGUCUCAUUCGUAUUGUUACGACUUCAUUUUCGAGUGAAGAAAUCAGUGAAGCGAAGACUUUGUUAUUUGACUCAGUCAAUACGAAGAUACGAAAGAUUAUGCGGAAAAAGGACGGUAAAGAGAAGCGGGAUAUAGAAGAUAUUUUAUCACUAUUGAAAGGAAUAGAUCCCGAAAAAAUUCCGAUUUUUGUCGCAAGAAACUUACAGAAACUACCCCCCAUAAGUUUUGAUCACGUAGAUGUAACCAAAUUAUUAAAAGAUAUACUCGUGUUGCAACAGGAGGUUCGAACUGUAAAGGAAACCUGCGCUACAACGAAAGAAUUACAGUUGAUAAAGAAUGAGUUGGCAAAUUUAAAAUCAGCCUCAAUUGUGAAUAACUUUGAACCCUCACAAUAUAUAAACACGAAGAGAGGGUGUGCAAAUGUUAUUGAUAAUUUUCAUUACGACAGUGGGCCCAUUGGAUUGCUUCAUAUUUCUCAGGAAGAGAAAAAUGGAAAUAUAAAUAGCGAGUGCAACAUAAAUAUUCCAUCGAAAACGCAAUCUAAUUGUUUGAUAAAUAGUACAUUAGAAAACGUAAGUGCGAGGGUAGAAGAUACAGUACAUCAAUGCAAACAAAACAUAGCAGCGGACACGCAAGUGAGUGCGACCGGUGGGAACAUAGCCAAUAGUCACAACACAGUCUCCCAUCCAUUAGUAGUGGAAAAAUCAUUUGCUGAUAUUGCUUCUGGCGGAAAAUGGAAAAAUGGAAAAAAGUCAGAAGAUUGGAUAGUUGUACAAAGAAAGAAACUCAGAAAUAAAUUUAUGGGGAAAAGAGGACAAGCAAGCACAGAACCGGAGGAAAAAUUUCGAGCAGCAGAUGUAAAGAUACCGCUUUUUAUAAAUAAAGUUGAUAAAAAUACUUCCAUAGAGGACAUAUCUUCAUAUAUUUUGCAAAAAACUAAGGUGUCUGUAGCGCUAGAAAAAAUUUGCAUGAAAUUUCAGAAGGAAUAUGAUGCGUAUAAAAUAUUUGUACCGCAAAGUAAAUUAUCUAUAUUUAUGGAUGCGGGUCUAUGGCCUGAUGGAAUUUCGUUUCGUCGGUUUGUUACUUUUAAAAAGACAUCUGGUAAUGAUGACAAGUUUUUAAAUACAAAAUAAUAAUGCAUAAUAGAACACUAACUUUGAUAUCCUUCAAUUGUAAAUCAAUGAAAAGAUCGGUAGAAUGCAUAAAAUCUUUAUGUGAACGGGCGGAUAUAGUCGCAUUGCAGGAAACUUGGCUUCUACCUCAUGAUAUACAUAUUUUAGGUAGCAUUCAUGAUGAUUUUGGAUAUUCUGGAAAGUCUGCUGUGGACACAUCAGUAGGCAUUCUUCACGGUAGACCGUUUGGUGGUGUCGCAAUAUUGUGGCGGAAAAGUGUUUUCAGGUCAGUGUCGGUGAUUAAAUGUGAAAGUUCGCGAAUAAUAGCAAUUAUUGCAGAGACUAGUGAUAAACAAAUGGUUAUUAUGAGUGUUUACAUGCCCACAGACGAUAGUGAAAAUUUAACAGAAUUCACUCACUGCUUAGGCGAGAUCUGUGCAAUUGUUGAGAAUAAUGACUCGCAGACUGUAUUUAUUCUUGGUGAUUACAAUGCGCACCCACAUGGACAAUUCGGUAAGGAGCUUUUACAUUUCUGUACCGAACAACAGCUGAUUUGUGCGGAUAUAGAGAAAUUAGGUUUGAAUUCGGAUAGUUAUACUUUUAUUAGCGAUGCACAUGGGACAAAAAGUUGGUUAGAUCAUAUUUUAGUAACACAAGCUUCUUGGAAGUCUAUUACAGAUAUAAAUAUACUUUAUGAUAUAUAUUGGUCUGAUCAUUUCCCUAUUCAAAUAAAAUGUAACAUAAAUAUAUUGCAAUCAAAAAUAGCAAUAAAUGGAAGACAUUGUAAUAAAAUAUUGUGGGGAAUUAGAGACUAUGAACAGAUACAAUUAUAUAAUAAUUAUUGUAAUAAAAAGUUAAGUGAAAUUGAGUUCCCAUCUGAGCUUGCUAAUUGUUGUGAUAGAGAGUGCAGUGAUCCUAUUCAUAAGACCAUAAUAAACCAAUUAUACAGUAAUAUAGUAAAUACAUUAGCAGAAGCUGCAGCUCGAAGUCACGACAGGCCUGUUGGGCGGCGAAGAUGUGUAACUGGUUGGAAUAAAUAUGUAAGGGAGGCACAUAAUGAGGCUAGAAUUAAGUUUUCGAUAUGGGAAUUAUAUGGUAAACCAACUGAGGGUAUUAUGUAUAAAGAAAUGUAUGAGAGUCGUAAGAGAUUUAAAAGUAAACUAAAAUGGUGUCAAAAUAACCAAGACCAAAUAAAAAUGGAUAUAAUUGCUCUUUGCCGCUCCAGAAGUGACUUUAGUAGGUUUUGGAGAGCGACAAAUAGUCUAAACGGUAAAACUAGUUUUCCUGUAAAUAUUAAUGGUAUUAAUUGUCCUAAACAAAUAGCUAAUAUGUUUAAAAAUAAUUUUAGAGUAACAUCUCCUUUAGGUCAACAAAACUUACAGUCGACUACAAAUGCUUGUAGUAAAAAGAUAGUAGGUCAAAUGCAUAAUUUUACAUGUAAAGAUAUUGAAUUUAUUAUAAAGAACAUGAAAAGAGGAAAGUCCCCUGGGCAUGAUGGCCUUAGUAUAGAGCAUUUUCAGGCAGCUGGGGACCAUUUGCCCAGGGUGCUCUCAAUGUUAUACACGUAUUGUAUUGGGCAUACAUACCUACCAGAGGAUAUGUUGAAAACGAUUGUUGUACCAAUACUUAAGAACAGGACGGGAGAUGUAUCGGACAGCGGUAAUUACAGGCCUAUAUCACUGGCUACAAUAACAGCCAAGGUGUUUGACGGUUUACUUGAUACGCAACUUAGACGACAUCUAAACUUGCAUGACCUUCAAUUUGGCUUC